UUCGUUUGUCGGCAAAGUAUAAAGAGAGCCGACACUUUGUGGCGCCGCUUUUCGCCAUUUGAUUUUGAAUCGAGUUUCGUGACGAAGUUUUGAUUUGAAAAAUGGAGAAAUCACUUGCAAUUGUCGACAGAAAGGGCGGCGAGAUGACCUCUAAACUCUUGGAUCUGAUGGAUAAAACUGGAUAUUCCAUAGUACAGCACAAUGGACAAAGGAAAUUUGGGCCUCCCCCGGGAUGGCUCGGUCCACCGCCUCCGAAGGGCUGCGAAGUUUUCAUCGGGAAACUACCAAGGGAAAUCUUCGAAGACGAACUGGUGCCUAUAUUCUCCAGAGUCGGGAAAAUCUACGAAAUGCGCCUGAUGAUGGACUUUUCCGGCUCAAACCGAGGGUAUGCUUUCGUGACCUACGCCACGAGAGCGGAGGCUUUCCGUGCUGUCAAAGAAUUGAACGGAUACGAAAUAAGACCAGGCAGGAGCAUCGGCGUCGUCAAAUCUGUGGACAACUGCCGCCUCUUCGUGGGAAACAUUCCGAAGAACAAAACCAAAGAGGAAAUCCUGGAGGAACUGUCAAAAAGGGUAGCUGGUAUAGUGGAUGUGAUUUUAUACAAGAACUGUUAUGACAAGAGGUUGAAUAGGGGCUUCGCUUUCGUGGAGUUCACGUCUCACAGGGCUGCUGCGAUGGCCAGGAGGGCGUUGGUGCCGGGCUGCGUGAAGGUCUGGGACCAAGAGCUAAUGGUGGACUGGGCGGAGCCGGAGCCAGAGGUCGAUGACGAACAGAUGCGGAGGGUCAAAGUACUCUACGCCCGCAACUUCCUUAUACGGACCACACCUCAAACCAUUCAGACAGUAUUCGAACAAGCUAUCGGCACCAAAAUAGAGCGUCUUAAAAAGAUAUAUGACUAUGCUUUCAUACAUUUCCAUGAGCGCGAACAUGCUGAGCGUGCUAUGGCGAAUUUGCAAAAUUGUGAAAUUGACGGUAGUAUUAUAGAAAUACGGUGGGCCAAGCCCGUCGACCGUGAAGUGUACCGUAUUCAGAAAAUGACUAAAGGCAAUGCGAAGUUUAAUAACAGUCUUGACUUGAAUCAAACUCUCUUGCUUUACAAACAGCACUUGGACAAGAAGGAAUAUGCAUACUCCCCGAAAGAGGACGAAGGCAUUGGUUCUGGAUGUGCAGGGUCCACAUGUGGCUCACCGGAGCUGAAGUCAUUGCAGUAUCCAAGUUACGCUAUCACGAAGGACAAUUACACUAUGGCUCCUGCUAAACUUGAUGCCAUGUGCAAAAGAUACACAUGGGCACCACCGAUAUAUGACUACCAGAAGUGCCUGAACCCCAGUGGUGCAGAAGUCUGGAUCGGCAGAGUUGAGCUUCCACACGUUACUCUACCCCUGGUGUCGACUCCUCAACGCAUCGGGCCCUUCGUAUCGCAGCCCUGCUUCUCAUUACAACAGGCGCAAGUAGAAGCUGCCGAGACAGCCCUACAUUAUAUUAAGAUGCUUCGCGUCGACGCCGUCCAACGUGCUGCUGCGCCAGUGCAACCAGUGUACCAGCCAGUAAUCCAGCCAGUGCCAAGCUGUGUUCCCGUAUCUUAUGACUACUCUUCUCUAUACCCUCGCCCACAAACUCUGCCUGUCACAGUACCAACUCUCUGGCGUACGGUUUGAAUUUAAGUUGGCAAUACUGACAUGGAAAAGACCCGCGAAAUUCCUAUUUGUUUUUAGAAAAUAAAGCGGGAUUUUGCUGUUACAUUAGAGCCAAUAUUUAGUUUUUUGACUAGUUAAGUGUUGA